AUGAGUAUGGAUCAUGAAGCUCUCAUACGACGACAAGUCGAAUUGCAAUCUCGCAUCGCGAGGACGAUCGACAAUCUCAAAAAAAGCGGUAUGGCCAACAUUACGAUCGAUGCAAUCGAUAAUCGCCUGUUACGGCUAGACAGUUGCUGGGCUAAGUUCGAGCAGCAGCACGACGAAUUGAGCUCCAAGUACUGGGACCUCCUACAAGCUCACGAUUAUUGGAACAACGACUUUGUCAGUCAGGUCGAGGAGACAUACCUGCAACAGCGUAUUCAGCUCAUGACGAUGAGGCGAUCCUUGUCCGCGGCUGAGAAUCCCGGCAGUUCCAGUCAAGUCGAGGUGAGAUCGUCCGUGCCGCUAGCUACUUCACGUUCACGCACUACGCUACCACGCAUCCAACUGCCGCGCUUCUCCGGCAAGUACGAGGAUUGGCCAGCAUUCCGAGAUCUUUUCCUGUCCAUUGUGCACGGCGAUCCAUCCACUACAGAUGUGGAAAAGCUGCACUAUCUAAAGUCUUGUCUGGAGAAGGAGGCCGCUAGAUUAAUCAAGAAUUUGCCAACCACCGCUGAGAAUUACACACGAGCAUGGACCGCGCUCCAAGAAUACUACGAGAAUAAGCGUCUGUUAGUGCGAUCGUGCAUAGCUAAUUUCUCAGCGCUGCAAAAAAUGAAAAAUGAGUCGGCUGCCGAAUUACGUAAAAUAUUCCAUUGUGUGACCGAUGUUCAUGGCACGCUGGAGAGUGUUGGGCGUCCGGUUUCGAGCAGUGAGGACUUCUUCGUUCAUUUCAUAGUGGAACUUAUGGAUUCCCGGUCGCGGCGCGAAUGGGAAACUUCCCUUAGCGGCACCGCGGAGCCGCCAUCUUACUCCACCUUGAGGACCUUUCUAGAACAGAGGCUGCGGAUAUUGGAGGCUGUACACCCUGGAAAGUCGGACAGCGGAUCCGGUAAGCUCAAUGCUGAGAAGGGCAAGCCAGCGCAUACACACCAUGCCAAGAAGCCGGAAAUUAGGAAGGGUCGCUGCUCACUGUGCCAAGCGGAGCACUCCUUGAUGCUGUGUGAGGUCUUCAAAGGGAAGUCGCCCUCGGAGAGGGUGCAGCACGUGCGAGAGAGCCAUCUCUGUAACAACUGUCUCGGCCAGCACAAGGUUAGUGAUUGUCCGUCGAAGAGAUCGUGUGCCGCUUGCGGAGAGCGGCAUCACUCCAUGUUGCACGACGCUCAUCGCGUUUGUGAGGGUACCACGACGUCACUCGUGGCAGGCCAGUCGCCCAGUGAGCCAACCGUUCUCCUCGCUACGGCCGUGAUCCGCGUGGUUGAUAGGUUCGGCGUUCGGCACACCGCGCGAGCUCUCAUCGACCAAGGCUCUGAGACGUCGCUCAUCUCCGAGGCACUCGCUCAGAAGCUGAAAUUGAUGCGCUCUUAUGCCUCCAUUGCUAUCUUCGGAGUUGGCGGUCAGCAGACGGCGAUCGCUCGUGGCCGGGUUUCUCUCGAGUUUACAUCCAGGAUGGACGGACCUUCGAUGAUGACGUCCGCGCUAAUCUUGCCUCGCCUCACUAUUUACGCGGGCGGCGGUGGGAUGAGUGCUCGUGACUGGCCGCACCUGCGCGGAUUGGAGCUGGCCGAUCCGGAUUUCCUCGCGACGGACCCGAUUGAGAUACUCCUCGGCGCCGACGUGCAUGCGGUUAUUAUCCGCGACGGUAUAAAGAGAGGCCGUCCUUGCGAGCCUGUGGGGCAGAACACAGCGUUAGGAUGGAUAAUCUCAGGAGCAGCCGAUGCUAAUAUUAAAAGUCAGUACGUACAUACGCAUCAGUGCACUAUAUGUGAUGAUCUUUCGAUGAUGGUCAGACGUUUCUGGGAGCAGGAAGAACUCCCUGUUGCCGCUGCUCCAUUGACGCCAGAAGAGCGGGAGUGUGAGGACCUCUUCAAUCGCACGCACAUCAGACUGCCUGACGGGCGGUAUAUGGUUCGCCUUCCAGUCACUGGACUACUUCCUGACUUCUCCAAUUCACGGCAGACGGCAGCCCGGGUGCUGGCGCAUGUUGAACGGCGGCUCGAGCGAGACUCGACAAUGCGCACUCUUUAUUGCGACUUCAUGCGCCAAUAG